AUGUCGUCGCUUGGGUGGUCGAUACGAGAUGUGUUGGCCGUGGUCCUCAUCGUUGUGUGCCUCGCCUUCGCGUGGCUGAUCUCCUUAGGACAGAACCUGUUCCUCUACCGCUUUCCGGACAGAGAGUAUGCGCUGGAAGUCCUCUCGCAAGAGAAGCAUGGCGGCCUUCUGGGUGACUCCUUCCUUGUGGAUGAGACUGCUAGCCUCUGGGGCCCGCGCUGGAUGUGGUUCGCCCCUCACGUGUUCUCCUCCAUUCUGUGGUGGAACCUUUCCUGGGUGCAGCUCAUCAAGUGGAUCCGGGCAAAGCAUCUGUGGAUCCAUCGCUGGAAUGGGAGGAUCCAGGCGACCUGCAUGCUGGGCCAGAUCAUCACUGGCAUCGGCCUGGCAACCGGCUCCCCCACACCUGGCAUCAAGAUGCUCAGCAUUGCUUAUGGCCUUGCCAUGGCUUAUGUCCUCGCACAGACCAUCUACUACGUCAGGAAGAAGGACAUCAUCCGGCACAAGUACUGGGCCACCAAGCUUUUCGGCUACUCCCAGGCGAUCGCUCUGCAACGGGUCUAUUUGGUCGGAUUUGUCGUCGUGACGCUCGCCGACGACGCCGACUCGCCAUACAACGCGAUCACGCCUUCCAUGCACCUUGCGCAGCGCAAUGCCGAAUCCAAGGAGAUCUUCAACGACUCCUUCACGAUGUGCGUCUUUACGGCCAUCAUUCUGACAGAGUGGUACCAGGCGGCUGACCACGAUGAGCUCCUGGAAUAUCGGGCCAAGGAAGCCAAGAUGAAGAGCGGCCUUCCCCCGCUGGAGCAGCCCUUGGUGCGGUGA